ACACAAGUAGGUUUAUUAUCAUCGGUGGUUGAUAACGUAAUGGCAGACGACGGUGGAAACGGAGACGGCGCCACCGCCGGUGACUGCUACACUCAUCAUCACCGCCGAGAUAUCAAACUAGCAGGAGACUCAAGUGAAAAUUUAGACUCAAUCAGUUCUCUGCCUGAUGUGAUCCUCCAACAAAUCCUCUCCUAUCUUCCGACCAAAUUAGCCAUCAGAACUUCAGUCUUGUCCACACGAUGGAGGCAUGUAUGGUACGAUACACCUUCCCUCUACUUUGAUGGACCAGGAACUUUGUAUAGGGGACUGAAGGCUGAUACGUUAAACAAAACCCUAGCUCGAUACAAGCUUCCCAAGAUUAUGAGUUUUCACCUCUAUACCAACAUGUUGGACAAUGUUCCUUACAUUGACGGUUGGAUCGAGUUCGCCAUAUCCAGAAACGUUGAGAAUCUGUCGCUGGAUUGCGGUGAGAGUAAUGGACAUGGUUUCCAUAGUAUUCCUGAAUUCAUCUACACCAGUUCUUCUGUCAAGCAACUCAGCCUACGCCAUUGUCAUCUGAUUCCAACAUGCGCCUUGUCUUGGACAUCCCUGAAGAACCUUUCAUUGCAUACUUGCUCACUCUCUGAUGAAUUCUUUGCUAAGACUCUAUGUGGUUUUCCGUUUCUCGAAAGCUUAAAGUUGUUUUAUGUUCUCAAUCUGAUGCUUUUAUCUAUUGCCAAGGUCCAAGGUCUUUCUUUUCCAAUGAUCAAGGCUAAAGCUUUGACGCUUGAGACAACAAUGUAUCUGUGUGUAACUCCUGGGGUAAAGGAUGAUCUUCUCUACAACUUCGAUCCACGUGGCUUGAAUCCGGAUCAACGUUGCUGCAGGUGCUGGGUAUUUGAGAGGACUUUAUCGCUAAAGACAAAGCAUGUUGCUUCGUUCAUGAAAAUUAUCUUGAAAAACACGAAGACGUUAGAGAAGAUGGUCGUAAGAUUGAAAGAUUAUCUUGAAGAAAGGGGUUUUGAAGAGUUGCUUCAGAUAGUUCCAUUGCUCUCCCUCGACAAUAAUAUCAACAUUGUGCUCAGCUAAACCAAGCCGAAUCAGAGAGUUUGGUCUGGAGUCUUAUUUGCUAUAUAUGUUACAUCAAAUCUCAUUUUAAAAGCGUACUAAGAUGAUGAAAACUUUACUUUAUUUUGUUGGAUUAUUUAGGAAAUAAUCAUGAUCACAUCUA